ACCGACCACCGCCAUGGCCGAGAUCCACCCGGCGACCCCGCUCCCGCCCGACAUCGUGCCCGACGACCUCACCCUCGUCCAGUUCAUCCUCGACACCACCCACCCCUGCAGGCCCGCCCGGCCACACGCCGUCCCCUGGCUCGUCGACGCCAAGUCCGGCCGCGGCGUGGGACUCGAGGAGAUCCGCGCGCGGGUGUACGGGCUCGCGAAUGCGCUCAGUAUGCGAUACGGUAUCCAGGAGAACGACGUCGUCUGCCUGUUCAGCCCAAACCACGUCGACUACACCACCGCCCUCUGGGCCGUCUGGCGCCUCGGCGGCAUCGUCACGCUCUCCAACCCCGCCUUCACCCCCGCCGAGCUCGCCUACCAGCUAACAACGACCAAAACAACCCUCAUAAUCGCACACGCCUCCGCACUCGCCGUCGCGCGCGCAGCGGGCGCCGAGGCCGGCGUCCCCGCGCACCGGUACAUCGUGCUCGACGACGGCGACGACUCUUCCUCGGGAGGAGAAGGCGAGCGCGCGCGCGCGCACCGCAGCGUGCGCGCGCUCAUCGCGGAGGGCGCGCGCCACACGCGCACGUUCGUCGAGCGCCGGCUGCGCCCUGGCGAGGCGAGGACGAAGAUCGCGCUCUUUUGCUUCUCGAGCGGGACGACGGGCAGGCCCAAGGCGGUCGCGAUCGCGCACUACGCGCCGAUCGCGAACGUGCUCCAGACCGCGCUGUUUAACCGCGUGCACGAGGACUACGCGCCGCGCGAGGAGAGGCGGUUCAGGCCCGGCGACGUGAGCCUCGCGCUGCUGCCAUUCUUCCACGUCUACGGACUCAUCACCGCGGUCCACUUCCAUCUCUUCGCCGGGCUGUCCCUCGUCGUCGUCCCGAAAUUCAACUUUGGAGACAUGCUGCGCUAUAUCGAGCAGUAUAGGGUGACGCAUAUGGCGCUCGUCCCGCCCCAGGUCGUCCUCCUAUGCAAGUCCCCCGAGACGCGCAAGCACGACCUGUCCUCCGUCCGCUUCGUCCUGUUCGGCGCCGCCCCCGUGUCCGCGGAGCUCACGGACCAGCUCGUGCAGCUGAUGCCGCACGCCGAGCUCGGGCAGGCUUUCGGGAUGACCGAGCUCGCGACGCUCGUCCUAAUGUUCCCGCUCUCCCAGCGCAUCGGCGCCCCCGGCAGCGCGGGGCAGCUCGUGCCCGGGUGCGUCGCCAAGAUCGUCAAGCCCGGCGGGGGCGGCGCGCUCGCCGCGCGCGGCGAGCCCGGCGAGCUCGUGAUCAAGACGCCGUCCGUCGCGCUGGGGUACUACGGUGAUCCGGAGGCGACCGCGGAGACGUUCGUGGAUGGGUGGGUCAGGACUGGGGAUGAGGUCGUCGUGGAUGAGGAGGGCAACUUUUUCGUUAAGGAUAGGCUCAAGGAGCUCAUCAAGGUGCGCGGGUUCCAGGUGGCCCCGGCGGAGCUCGAGGGCCACCUGCUCGGCCACCCGCGCGUCGCGGACGCGUGCGUCGUCGGCGUGCCGGACGAGUACAGCGGCGAGGUGCCCAUGGCGUUCGUCGUGCUCAAGGCCGACCCCACCGGCACCCCCACCACCACCGCGGGCGCGUUCGAGUCGGAGGCGGAGCGCGCGGCGCUGAAGGCGGAGCUCGCGAAGUUCGUCGCGGACGCCAAGGUGGGCUACAAGCGCCUCGCGGGCGGCGUCGAGUUCAUCGACGCGGUGCCGAAGAACCCGAGCGGGAAGCUGCUGCGGCGCGUGUUGCGGGAGCGCGGGAAGGAGAUUCGGGCGCGUGCGGCGGCGGGCGCGGGCGCGGGCGCUGGGGGUGCGAAGCCGAGGCUGUAGGCGGCGUGUAUGCUUUUUGACGAACGAAUGUAUGUUUUUUUUUGGUUUC